AAAAUGUCAUCUUAACAUUUUUUGUAGGAUGAACUGAUUAAUAAACAUCCACGACUUUUGGAGCUCAGAAAUGUAAAAAAACUUAAUUAAUUAAUCACAAAGUUCUUGACAGACAUUUAUUCCUGUUUUCCUGUCCAUGACGUUCCCGACACUCUGUGGUUUAAAGCUGCUGCAUCUGAAGGAAACCGAUCCGGAUUCAUGUCUCAGAGUUCCUUCCUGAAGAUGCAGAUCCUGACCUUUGCCCUCCAGAUGUCUCGGCUCAGCCCUGCUGCUCCUCUGCUCUCCAUCUGGUUCAGGUUUGGAUCUGGAUUUUCCCUGGUUGGCGUUGGGAGGGGGGCAGGUUCGCCACACCCUGAGAUAAAUCUUAUGAUUUUCUUUCCUUGUGGAUAACGCACAACAACGGGACGCGGUGCAGCAGCUCCUCAUCUUAUUUCACUUUUUCAAACAUUUUAGUGGGGAAAAGCGUCUUUCAGGGAUUUUUUUUUUCCUUUCUGAAUUACGAAGAAGAACCUGCUGAAAAUUUGUGCUUUAUUUACCCAGUUAAAGAACUUUGGGAUAAGUUUUUAUUUCCUGGAGACAGGAAAGGAAAUAACCAACGGCUAAAAGCCCUCAAGAAGAUAAAAGUCGUGUUUUUUGGAACGUGUAAAGACGCACGGCGGAUCUCCAUGACGCACGUCUGCAGGCAGCUGGUUGGCGUCGGGGGGAGCUGCGCGGGUUGGGUCGGGCUCAUCUUCGCCACGGCAACCAACGACUGGGUCCGGACGUGCGACUACUCGGUCGCCACCUGCCUGCGCAUGGACGAGCUGGGGUCACGUGGCCUGUGGGCCGAGUGCGUGGUGUCUCCGUCGCUCUACCACUGCGUGUCUCUGGACCAGAUGUUCUCCCUGCCCGCGUACGUCCAGGUGUCCCGGGCUCUGAUGAUCGCCGCGUGUCUCCUGGGCGUCCCCGCCCUGCUGCUGGUCCUCAUGUCCAUGCCCUGCAUUCGGUUGCCUAGCAACUACUCCGCCACCGUUAAGAAGCGCCGCACCCAGGUGGGCGGCGUCCUCUUCAUCGUCAUGGCUGUUUUUGGUGCCGUAGCGACCGUCUGGUUCCCGGUCGGGGCGAACAAAGCGGAGCACCUCAUGUCCUUCGGCUACUCUCUGUACGUGGGCUGGGUGGGAGCCGGGCUCUGCCUGCUGGGCGGCGUCGUCAUCCUCUGCUUCCAGGUCGCCCUCAUCACCAACCCGUCCCGGGAGAACAGCUUCUUCUACUCCAGACGGGGCGGAACCGCCCGGGAGGUCGACAGCUCCGCCAACCACGCCAAGACUGAGCGGGUGUGAGGGGCGACCGGCUUCCCGUCCUGCACGCGGUUCACCCGCGAUGCACCGAUACACCGAACAAAACCGAUAUCUGAGGUUUGGUAUCAGAACUGGAAAAUGCAAAGAAUUGACUUAAAACAUUUCUUUUUUAAAAACAAAGACAAAAGUUUUGAAUUACAAAUGUAUUUGAUAGCCCUGCUCCGGUACAGCUCAGUUAAAGCUGCAGUGUGUAACUACCCUCUGGGUGCUGCUCAUCCUGUUGUGAAUGCUAAUCCAAGUUAGCAUAGCAUAAACAGUUUACCUUAACAGGAAGUUGUUUCUCCGCUAAGACCCUCCUCCCGCUCUGAUUGGUUGUUUUUGGUGCAUUUCUUCAGGCAGCA